AUGUAUUCGCGGAGCCGGGCCGCUGGCGCAGCGCGCUCACACGGAAUCCGUGAUCGGCGAGCCUUUUCCAUUAGGACCAACUAUCCGAGAAAAAAUGGAGUACAAAUUGAAAAUUCGACGGUUCGGGCGCUAAUUCCGAAGCGGCGCCGCGGCACGGAGCGAACGCAGUUAGAUAACAUUUGUAGAGGCGGGGGGUGCGGGGGUCAGGCGGAGUCGGACCGGGAAAGUGGCGCGAGUUCGCCGGAAGGCGGAGGGCCGCGCGCGCAGGUAGCCGAGCCUAGGACGCCGUCGCCCCGCGAGCGCACUCCUCACCAACCUCACUUGAAUGGCUCCAUGGCAUCGAUGUUCCAAAACCUUCAAAAUCUUGCGAACAUGCAGCAAGGCAUGCCGAUAUCGCAGCAGCAGAUGUCCCAACAGAUGUCGCAGCUGGCUGCAAAUCUUCAGGGCCUCACUUCCAUGCCCAACCCUGUCAUCAACUCACCUCUGAAUUUGAGCGUGAGUGCGCCAGGAAUGGGAUCACCAAACCCAGUGAGCAACAACAACAUGUUACCACCAGCAAUGCCUUCACCCAUGCCUCAACUUAUCCUCGCUUCAGGCCAGCUGGUGCAAGGAAUCCAGGGUGCGCAGCUACUCAUACCAACAUCUCAAGGAAUCGCAACACAAACCAUCCUUACCAUACCCGUUAAUCACGUCAACUCCAACGACCAGAUGGUGAACUUAGCACUCAACAAUGGACAAGUAGUUUCCACGUCCCUCGCCAACCUGCAAGCGAUGGCCCAGCCCCAUCAGCUCCUAAACUCUAACCAGCAACAAACGCCAAACAUUCGACCGAACAUGCUAAACUCAUCCUUAUCAAACGCGCUACUAAAUCCCGGCCUGCCAAACUUCCUGACGAACGGUGCAAAUAAUGCGCAAGAGUUGCUCCAAGCGUUACAACAACCGCAGGGCAAUCACAACCUUCUGCAGACGGUACAACAGAACAACAUGCCACAGCAGAUGCAAGGUAGACGGUCGUCUUCGCCCAGACCCGAUAGGCAUUAUAAGGAGAGAGAAAACUUUGAAAGAUUCGCUGGAGGAUCUAGGGAAAGGAGUGAAAGAGAUAAUGCAGGUGCAACAGCAAUGAACAGUAUUAAUAGGCUUGCGUCAUCUAAUGGCGAGAUUACAAUAACGACGUCACACGCCAACACGGGGCCUGGAAGUAGCACGGGUAGCGUCAGUUCCGGUCCCAACGCUUCGCCGCACGCGCCAGUCAAAAUGUCGCCCGGAUCUGUUAAAUCGCCAUCACAUGAGGAGAACGACUUAUUAGCGGACUCUCCAAAUCAACCAACAAUCAGCCAGUCUUCAGGCAACGUAGUGGACGGCAUCAACCUUGAAGAUAUUAAAGAGUUCGCAAAAGCAUUCAAGUUGCGACGGCUCGGCUUAGGACUCACUCAAACUCAAGUUGGACAAGCACUUUCGGUUACGGAAGGACCGGCGUACAGUCAGAGUGCGAUAUGCAGUGCCCUGGCUUCGCAGAUGCUAGCAGCUCAACUGUCUUCACAACAACAAAACAUAUUUGAGAAAUUGGAUAUAACACCAAAAAGUGCGCAGAAAAUCAAACCGGUGCUCGAACGUUGGAUGAAGGAAGCCGAGGAGAGGUACGCGUCAGGGCAGAACCAUUUGACGGAUUUCAUCGGCAUGGAACCGAGUAAGAAGCGAAAGAGACGCACUUCGUUUACCCCUCAGGCUUUAGAACUACUUAAUGCACACUUCGAAAGGAAUACUCAUCCAUCAGGCACAGAAAUCACUGGUCUGGCGCAUCAGUUAGGCUACGAACGUGAAGUUAUCAGAAUAUGGUUCUGCAACAAACGUCAAGCCCUAAAGAACACCGUGCGAAUGAUGUCGAAAGGAAUGGUUUAA